GGACUGCCUACUGUAGUGACGCCAGAACUCAGUCACCACCGUGACCCAUUUUUACCAAGAAAUAAUGAUCUCGGCGACACUACUGUCACAGCUACCCCAGGGCGUACAGAGUCUGGUCCAGAGUGUGUCGAAUCGUUCGGUAGCAGGCUUUGAGCAGCUCUGCAAUCGACUUGUAGAUUGCUCCGCACAUCAGAUGUGUAUACUGCAGCCAGUGUUCUACAUGCACCUCGACCCAGAUUGCGUUCCUGCAAAGUCAACUCCAGCCGCUACCACCGAUAUCAAGCUCGCCUACAACUCACUUGUCGCAAUCGUUUCAACUUUGGGCUAUAUCGAUGGUUCUAGUGUUGUUGACUCGGGUUCAAAACAAUAUCUUCUUUCCGCCUGGAACCGUGUCGCCCCGUGGCUUGUCUUCUUUCAUGACCAGUUCAUUAUGCGCAGAGCCAAUUAUAGGCCCUUCGACAGGAUGUCUGCCAUCAGGCUUGUUGCUAGCAUACUGUUUCAUGUUGGGGUCGUUGAAAUCCACCAUGCCCCCAGCAGGAACACAGUGUUCGCUACCACUCCCACCCUUUAUCGUCCGAUCGCAGAGUUGUGGUUGUUAGCCCUUGAAACCAAAGACGAGGAUGUUGUGUGCGUUUCAUAUCAAUCCUUCGCUUGCAUCACUUCUAUUCGUGUUAUCGGCCCCCUCUUGGUUGCUCAAUGCAUGUCCGAAUCCUUUAGGACCAUACUGCUCGAAGUGUCAGGCGGCAUUGGCCCCUUCACUUCUGCGGCUCUGAAGUAUGUCAAGCACAUACGAUCGAUAGCUAAGGAAGCUGAUAUAGACUGCUCGGCUCUCACGCCCAACUUGAAGAUGCUUGGACCAAUGUUUAUGUGCUCUGUCACAUUAAUCGCAACAACAAGCAGGCAUAGUGUUGCGAUGCGGGAAGCAUACAUCAUCCGACAAUCUGUCAAAGAGAUUUUCUCGACUCUCCGUGUUCUCCAGCCUGUUCUCCCUUGUAAAAUGGCGGGGGCCCUCGGUUCGAGUUUUCCAUACUUCAUGUUUCUCCUUAAACAUGCCGUCGAUCCUGUCUCAGUGCUCCAUCAAGCACUCCGCGCCCAUGCCUUUGAAACGAUAGUACGUAUAGAUCCUUCCGGGCCCGUGGAGGAGGCGAAGACAGAUCCUCAUAAUAUCAAUGGGGCUUUUUUGGGUAUAUUGCACCAUCACCUUGUUCACGACAAAAUCUUGACCUACGUCUCCAAACAUGUGGAUGCCUGGUCUGAUGCUCUCGGACCAAUCGUGAGAGAAGACGAAAACCUCUGGCAUUUCUGGUCCAUGUUAGAGCGGAGGAUACGAUUAUAUGGGAUGCUGAAGUCCAAAUUGAAGGAGGAAGCGAUAGGGUGGCCAUCAUGUGAAAUUCUACAAUGUUACUGUGGUGAUAGUGUGGAAGACGUUCGGCUCAGGCAAUGUGCGGGAUGUCAGGUUGUGCGGUACUGCUCAAAGCGCUGCCAGCGUGAUUCUUGGUAUAGUCACCACAGAUUGAGCUGUUAUUUUUUGAAGGCAGCUGUCGGGUCAUCGAUGCCGCACUAUGUGAAACGUAGUCUCCGUCUGCUAGCUGCCCUAGAAGACAGCCAGCUGCAGCGCAACUGGGACAAUAUUCGGAAGUUAGUUGUCGCUGCGCAGUGUGAAUUCCCGAAAGAUCGGGAACGACUCGUGGUCGAGCUCGCUCUUGAUAAGGGUAACGAAUUAGUUCGGCCUCUGCGACACUAUCUCUUCCUCUUCAAUGGGCUAUCUGAAAAUGAGGUCGUGGACCGUCUAUCAUCCUGGCCAGAUCCAAGGGCUCACCUUCGCAGAUCAUUCUGUUGUUUGGUUGUCACGAUAGGCGAUCGAUUUACGUCACGGCAGAUUUUAUUCAGUCCACGUACUGCAUUAGACAUGGAGACAGUGUCAAUGCUCAGCCGUAACUGUUAAUGUGCGUGAAUUCUUAUUGAUCGGCAGGUCUCGCUUGCGCUUGAUCAUUGAUCUGCCGCCUGGACGACACAACUUGGAUCAUAGCACGUACUGAUUAUCCAGAAGUGCGUUCAUUGGUCUCUCCAGUUCACUAUGCCUUCGCUCUGUUUACCCCUCAUGCAUAUCUCUACACGGCGGCACAAUAGUCUAGAUCUAACCAUGUUGCAGUUUUUGGCUUCAAUUGCGAGGUCAGGAUGCUGUGUGACCUCUAAGCUACUUUUAUCAUAUUACGUAUAAAAUGUAUCUCUACUCUCGAC